AAGUCAAAGUCUGAGGAAGUGAAACUCAGACAGGCGUUGCUACUGAGAGGUGAAAUGGCGCAGAGAGGAGUUCAGCUGGAUCGGGAACGCUUCUCUUGUUCCAUCUGUCUGGAUCUACUGAAGGAUCCGGUGGCUAUUCCCUGUGGACACAACUACUGCAUGAGCUGUAUUAAAGCCCACUGGGAUAAAGAGGGCAAGAAUAAACUCCACAGCUGCCCUCAGUGUAGGCAGACCUACACACCGAGGCCUGUCCUGGUGAAAAACACCAUGUUAACAGAUUUAGUGGAGGAGCUGAAGAAGACUGGACUCCAAGCUGCUCCUGCUGAUCACUGCUAUGCUGGAGCUGAAGAUGUGGCCUGUGAUGUCUGCACUGGGAGGAGACUGAAGGCCUUCAAGUCCUGUCUGGUGUGUCUGGCUUCUUACUGUGAGAAACACCUUCAGCGUCAUUAUGAUGUACCUCCAUUAAAGAAACACAAGCUGGUGGAGCCCUCCAACAAGCUCCAGGAGAACAUCUGCUCGCAUCACGAUGAGGUGAUGAAGAUUUUCUGCCGUACUGAUCAGCAGUGUAUCUGUUAUCUCUGCUUAAUGGAUGAACACAAAGGCCACGACACAGUCUCAGCUGCAGCAGAAAGGACCGAGAGGCAGAGAGAGCUGGAGGGGAGUCGACUAAACAUCCAGCAGAGAAUCCAGGACAGAGAGAAAGAUGUGAAGCUGCUCCAUCAGGAGGUGGAGGCCAUCAAUCUCUCUGCUGAUAAAACAGUGGAGGACAGUGAGAAGAUCUUCACUGAGCUGAUCCGUCUCUUUGAGAAAAGAAGCUCUGAUGUGACGCAGCAGGUCAGAUCCCAGCAGAGAACUGAAGUGAGUCGAGUCAAAGAGCUUCAGGAGAAGCUGGAGCAGGAGAUCACUGAGCUGAAGAGGAACGACGCUGAGCUGCAGAAGCUCUCACACCAGCUUCUCCACACCAACCAGCUUCUCCACCACUACCCCUCACUGUCACCACUCAGUGAGUCUACAGACUCAUCCAGCAUCAUCAUCCGUCCUCUGAGAUACUUUGAGGACGUGACAGCGGCUGUUUCAGAAGUCAGAGAUAAACUACAGAACGUUCUGCAGGACAAGUGGACAAACGUCUCACUGGCGGUGACUAAAGUGGACGUUUUACUGCUACAACCAGAGCCCACGACCAGAGAUGGAUUAUUAGGAUAUUCACAUGAAAUCACUCUGGAUCCAAACACAGCACACGGAAAUCUGUUAUUAAAGGGGAACAGAAAAGCAAUAUUUGAGUUUUAUUCUAGCACAGAAGAAGAAGAAGAAGAAGAAGAAGAAGAAGAGUUGUUGUAUAGACACGCAGAGAGUUUCACUUCAUGUGUUCAGGUCCUGAGUAAAGAGAGUCUGACUGGACGUUGUUACUGGGAGGUGGAGUGGAAAGGAACAGGAGUUAAUGUAGCAGUCUCAUACAAGGACAUCAGCAGAACAGGGCGCUUGAAUGAAUGUCAGUUUGGAUCCAAUAACAAAUCUUGGUCGUUACAUUAUAACAAUAACAGUUUUAUCUUUCGGUACAACAAUAUCCAAACACCCGUCUCAGGUCCUCAGUGCUCCAGAAUAGGAGUGUACCUGGAUCACGGUGCAGGUAUUCUGUCCUUCUACAGCGUCUCUAAAACCAUGACUCUCCUCCACAGAGUCCAGACCAGUUUCACUCAGCCUCUCUAUGCCGGACUCGUGUUUCUUUGUCCUCGAGACACUGUUGAGUUCUGUAAACUCAAAUAGACCAAAGUGAUUUAAGGGACAACUGGUUAAAAGUCUGUGUUUUAAUUGUUACACUUAUUUUGUUUCCAUCAUUGUCGCUGAGAGCAGACUUUUCUUCACCUGUCAAUCAAACUUUGUGGGCGACACUUUGACAUCUUUUCAUUAUUUUUGACUUCCUGUAGGUGGCGCUCCUUCCUGUCUGUUUAGUCAUGGAGGCUCUCACUGCUCAUGAUGAUCUUUGUUUACCUGAACUAAUAUUUAUCUGCAGAAAAAUGUAAAAUGCUAUGAGCUCUAAAUGUUUGAUGAACAUUGUCAUUGAUGUAUUUUUUUAAUUGAAGUCUUCUCUUCCUCUACAUGGGUCUUAAAGAGAGAAAGCACCAGAGCUUCUUUAUCGCAGGAAUGUUGUUCUUUCUGCAUAGUAUUCUAUCAUGAUGUACUAUUUUCCAUGUUAAAAUAAAGUAUCAUAAUCAAUAAGGAAA